UUCGCAAGCAAAAGCCAUCGAGAGGGAGCCAAAAACAAAAGGGCUACGCCCACCAAAAGGUCUACGCUGCUAGGCAGACGCCGCAGCGGACGCUAGCGUGCGUGGCGGCUUCGGCAGCCAGGCGCCAGGGCUGCCCCUGAAAGCACACAACAGGACCAGAGGCAGCCCCAACACAAGCAUGCGCCACCGACGAGACACCGACGGCCCCACGCCCCACGACUGGGACGCCGCCGCUGAACAAGCGCCGCCGGCUAGAAAGCCGCGACCGGGACGACGGCGGCGCGUUUCAUCAAUAAAAGACUACCUACCCCAGGAACCGCUGCGCUUAUACAACUACGUAUUCGUAGCAAUCCCAUUCGUAUGCUUCAUAGCGUCAUUCAUAGUCCCAAAAAGACCACUACAUGACCUAGGGGCGGGCUUCAUGACCGACGAGCACUUCGCGCGGCGCUUCCUGCAAGCGACGAACGCCACCAAUACCACAACCACCCCACCCCCAGCGACGGAGGCCGUCUUCUUCGAGUACACCAUCGUGUCGCGAUUCACGCCGGGCAUCACGAUCUUCGCGAACAUUGCGUUCGUGAUGUUCUGCCUCAAGCAGUUGUUACACAUGGCUACUGCCCAGAUCGACGAGUUCCCGGAGUACGGACCCGGCGUCCCGCGGUGCUGCGGCGCCUUCACGCCAUCGACGCGACUCGUCUCCAGGAAUGAUGGACGUGGGUGGUCUCAUUUUGGAUUUUGAGCGCGUUUCGGGCGAGAUCGCGACUCGAUACAUCACACACAGGUACCGGUUCGUCAAGGACAAGUUCCAGAGUCGCGAGGAGGGCCAGAACUGGAACUACGACUUUGUUAUUGUUACUUCUAUUAAGGACGAGGGUCAUAAGCUCGUAGAUGACCUACAAAGAAAAAACAGUAUGCGUAAUAUUGUCUCAGCGCUGGAGAACGCCGACCUGGAGACGGAGCAGUACAAGUCCAGGAAGUUCGACAAGGUCUUCAUCAAGAUCCGAGCUAGUCGCGAGCGACUCGAGGAGGAAGCGGAUCGGUUGAAUAUGAAGUUUCGUUUAGAUGAAAGAAAUGUGAAACAACGACUGCUAGAUGGCCAGCCGGACCCCCUGAACCCCGACGAGUACGACGUCUACCCGCGCAAGAACGGCUGGACCUACAAGGGCUUCCAGAUGGAGACGGCCAUCACCGACACCGAGGACCAGUGCCCGUACGCGUUUGCAGCGGCGCCCUAUAUAUCCCUCCUUACGCCAUCGCCGCGACUCGUCUCCAUCAGACGAGGCCGUGGGUUCGGGCGAGAUCGCGACUCGAUGCAUAUCACGCGCAGGUACUACGAGUAUAUCUACGGGGAGUACCGCUCGAAUCCGGAAUUGCAAUCAUUAUAUCAGAAGUACCCUCGGACGUCAAGCAUGUUCCGGUCGGUCGAUCGCGUGAAGUUGAUCAUGAGCAUCCUGAAGUGCGACCCGAACGAAAACGGCGCCGGAUUGGUGCUCGAGAAAUUGCUCAAAGCUGAAAUCAUCCUGGCGGCGUUCCCGCUGCACGAUCGAAGCGAACUGCAGGCCUGCCAGGCGAAGUGGCUCGUGUAUUGGAGCUGGCCGUACGUCUCGCGGCGUCCUCGCGUCGCGCCCGACUUCGAUCAUCUCUCGUGGAGACGACCACGGGGAGACGCCCCGCGUCACGCGACACCGCCGCAGGUGGGACCAGCCGUUCGUGAAGAUCAAGGAUUAUUUUGGCGAGAAGAUCGGCCUGUAUUUCGUGUUCCUGGGCCACUACACGGAGCAGGCCGGCGUCGCGGCGAUUAUUGGGGUGAUCGUGUGGCUCGCGGCGUGUCUCACGGGCGGCGUGAAUUCGCCAGUCAUACCGUUUUUUUGCGUCGUCAUGUCAGUAUGGGCUACUGUGUUCUUGGAAACGUGGAAGAGAAAGCAAAGCAGGUAUGCCAUGGAGUGGGGCAUGGUGGGCAUCGAGGAGAUCGAAGAAGAAAGACCUGAUUUUCUUGAGAGUGACUUAGUUAUAGAUAUCAACUCGCCCGUCGACGGCGAGGAAAUCAAAUACUUCCCGCCGAACAUCAAGGCUAGAAGGAAUUUAAUCGCGUGGACCGUCAUUCUCGUGGCUUCUACGGCGGUGAUGGCCCUUGUUAUAGCUACAUUUUUUUUGAAGGCUAUCUUAGCGGUGAGAAAUAACUUGCUGAACACGCGCCACUGGAACUGCAGGAAGAACCAGAGGCAAUUCUCUGGUUCUCCCAAAUGCGUCAAGAAUUACGGCAUCCCGCGCUGGCUCGGUGUUGACAUGUCCGGCGAGAUCGGCAACACGCUUGUGUCGCUAGCCCAAGCUGCACAAAUAUUCGCUUUGGAGAACGUGUUUAAUGAACUCGCUCUGUUCUUGAAUCGCUACGAGAACCACGCGACCGAUACCGAGUUUACGGAUAAAUUAACCGAGAAGGUUUUCAUCUUCCAGGGCAUCAACUCCUUCUUCUCCUAUAUAUAUAUAGCCUUCUUCAAGCAACUCCAAGCGAACCGCGCCAUAUUGCAGCCGUUUCCCGGGAGCUAUGGCUGCAAGGGCACCUGUAUGUCGGAAUUGAAUAAACAAUUACAAGCUAUCUUCAUCUCGAAAGUCGUGCUGGCCAACGUCAAGGAGAUCAUGAUCCCCCACUUCUGGUGGAAGAAGGACCGCAUCCAAGAACAAAGAAGGGCCGAACUCGAUGAGAUGGCGAAGCAAGAGAGGCUCGACGAGUACGCCGCGCUGGGCGAAGAGCCGCCCGAGGAGGAGGAGGUUGUUUCUCGGGACAUCUCGCCUGCCGAACGGGAGCUGGAGCUGGACGAAUACCAUCAUAUGUUAGGUACUUUUGGAGACUACAGAGAUUUGGUACUUAUAUAUGGUUACACCGUGUUAUUCGUCGCGGCAUUACCUCUAGCGCCGAUGCUCGCGUUAAUAAACGCCUACGCCCAGAUCCGGGUGGACGCCUGGAACAUCUCGGUGGUCAGCAGACGCCCUUGGCCACAAAACGCCGAGGACAUUGGCUCCUGGGCGGACAUCAUCGAACUGCUGUCGUAUAUCGCGGUCUUUACGAAUAGUAUCAUUAUUACAUAUACGGGCGAGUUCCUCACACAUUGGAACAACGCGCACCGCAUCAUCACCUUUUGUUUCCUGUACCACGGGAUGGUGGUGGCGAAGCAGUUGGCGGCGUUGGUGAUUGAAGAUGUUCCUGGGGAUGUCCAAAUACAAAUAGAUAGGCAGGAGUUCGUCGAGAAGAAGCUGAUCUUUUGUGCCGCGGACGACCAAAUAGAAGUCCCGAACGCGGACGCCGACGAUGGGGACGCGCCGGACGUGACCAUAUUUGAUAAAGAUGACUCCGUGGUUUACUUGGACUAUCCUGGUUAUGAAAAUUAUGGCAAAGAACGGAAGCAGGAGAUUUCCGAUUCGGUGCGGAGUCGC